GGGUCUUGCAGUCGCUCGGAGGGAGCAAGACGGAGCGGGUGCGCUCGAUACUCACCACGGCCCGUCCCGGGAGGAGAGCGGCGCACACCAGCACACUGUCCCCAUCCAUGCCCGUGUCCCUCACACACAACAGAAGCCACUCACUAGUGUAUGAGCUGCUCUCUCCUCUCUGUCUCUCUGUCUCCCUCUCCCUCCACACACGGGCACGCCCGCCCCUGCAUACGUCUCCACUUUGUCGUAGUAAAUUACGGCAUUGAUCUCAAAGGCGAGCGUUGGAUCUGUCUCUCCUGCUCGCCCUUUCUUCGACGGGAAGACUCCGGGAGACGCUCGAGAGAGAAGUAUCUCUUCCCAUCCUGUGAGUCUGUGAGGGCCCCAUGUCAUGUCUGUUUAGCUGCCCUGCGUGAUGCCUGAUCAUGACAACACCGCCCUCCUAACCAGACAGACUAAGCGUCGACGUGUUGACAUCGGGGUGAAGAGAACUGUGGGCUGUUCGAUAUUCACUCGUGCAAGGGAGACUCUGCUCGACAGAAUGAACCAAGCGCACUGCCCUGACCAGGACAGAGACUGCUCAUUGGUCAGUCACGGCCACGGGGGCACCAAUGGUGACGGAGAGAAGUCCAACGUUCUGAGAAAGCUUCUGAAGAGGGCCAACUCCUAUGAAGAUGCCAUCAUGCCUUUCCCUGGGGCUACAAUCAUCUCUCAGCUAUUAAAGAACAACAUGGGAAAGAAUGGAGGGAGUGACUCCGGCUUCCAGGGGAGCGGAGCUCUGUCCAGUGGAGGCUCAGAGAUUCAGGCAGAGGACGCCUGCAGCAACUCAUCCCGUGACCGGGACAGCCCAUCCGACUGCCUUUCUCCUGGGCCUCCUCUUCCGCCUCCAACUUCCUCCUCCUCGUUCGGGCGGCCACCACCAACUUCGAACCACAAUUCCCACGCCCCUUCUCAGCCCCUCCCUCUUUCUUCCUUUGACUUGGACCGGCUGUCAGACGAGCACCUCCGUGCCAAGCGAGCCCGUGUUGAAAACAUCAUCCGCGGUAUGAGUCACUCUCCGUUGGUGCGACCAAACGCUCUCGACCACAACCAAGAAAGCAGCCGGGACAAUGAGGCCGGCGGCGGCAGCAUCAGUGAGCACAGAGGGGAUGGCGGCAGCCACAACACCAGCAGCCGCAGUGACUGCCCUUCUUCUCUUCUGAGCUCGCCGGGCUCACGGGGAGGUGUGGUUAGCGUUGGGGAGGUUUACAGAGAGAAUAAGAGAAAGCAGCGUCUGCCACAGCAGCAACACAGCUUCACGCAGCUGGUGUGUUCCAGGCAGGAGCACAGACAGGAAGAGAGACGGCAGCUCAAACUACAGCUGGAAGACAUGCAGAAACAGCUGCGCCAACUUCAGGAAAAGUUCUACCAGAUCUAUGACUCAGAGACAGAGGAAGAAGAAGAAAAUGGUGAGAGCAGAGAGGCCGACCGAGCUGGAGAGAGGGAAGACGAUGGCAACCUGUCAGAAGACAGCAUCCGUUCUGACGGCCUGGAGGAGAGGCACAGAGACAGAGGGCGGCACGGCCACGAUGACCUGUCUGAGCUGGACCCGGGUCUGUUCCUGGACAGGGCCCGAGCCCUCCUCCGGGAGCAGGCCUUGAUAGAUGGAGAAAUGGAGGAGGAUAUUGACAGCAGGGAGGAAGAGGAGAGGAAUGGCCAAAGAGUGAUGAAGAGGAGAGAAACGGCAGCAGGAAGGGGAGGAGGACGGCAGCUGGCAGAGACUCUGAAGCAGGAGCUGAACUGCGCCGUGUCACAGGUUGUAGACACCGUCGUCAAGGGCUUCUCCUCGCCCAAGCAGACCACCAAUCACCAUCAUGGCUGUCACAGCAGCACACCAGCUGCACCCUCCUCUUCCUCCAACUCAUCUUCUUCCUGUCCACCACCUUUUGGUCCCCUGCCGCCUCUUACCCCAGACUCACGUUUUGGUGGUGGUACCAUGGGGCUCAGUCUGAAUGGCGAUGGCAGUCCCACCCCCAACUACCACUCCUCCAACCCGAGGCUGCACUGCUUUGGGGAUGUAAUUGUCCCGAGCCCGUUGGAUUCGUUCGGUGGGUUGAGUGGCAGACUGAGCGGGAUCCCCACACCCAAUGAUCAAACAGAGGCACUCCCGCUGGUGGUGCGCAAGAGUGGAGGAAGUGGAGGAGAGAACAACCCCUCUCUUCCUCCCCCUCCCCCUCCUCACCAUCCCUCCCUCCACCCAUCCCCCCUUACAGCUUCACUUGGGUUUAGCCCUCCAUCAUUUCGUCACCCAUUCCCUCUUCCCCUUAUGGGUUACCCCUUUCAGACCCCUCUGGGGUCACAUGGAGGAGGAGCUGGCUACCCUCCAGGGCCCAAGGAUCACCAUCGGUCCUCCCCCGACUCCAUGGACAUAACUCGGGAAGCUGUCAGCCUCAGAACCAAAAUGGCAUCCCUGGGAGGCGGCCAUAUGGGCCACCACCACCACCACCACCACAGGCAGAGCUCUCCAAACCAACACGGCCCCGAGGGCCUGUCGCUGUCCCUCAUCAAGUCUGAGUGUGGGGACCUGCAAGACAUGUCUGACAUCUCGCCCUACUCAGGCAGCACUAUUCAGGAGGGCUUGUCUCCAAACCAUCUGAAGAAAGCCAAGCUGAUGUUCUUCUACACUCGCUAUCCUUCAUCAAACAUGCUCAAAAUGUACUUCUCUGAUGUAAAGUUUAAUCGCUGCAUCACCUCUCAGCUGAUCAAGUGGUUUAGCAACUUCAGGGAGUUCUACUACAUCCAGAUGGAGAAGUUUGCUCGGCAGUCCAUCAACGAAGGGGUGACCGCUGCUGAGGAGAUGACAGUGAGCCGAGACGCAGAACUCUUCAGGGCUCUGAACAUGCACUACAACAAGGCCAACGACUUUGAGGUUCCCGAUCGAUUCCUCGAGGUCGCCCAGGUGACUCUUCGAGAGUUCUUCAAUGCCAUCGUGGCUGGAAAGGAUGCAGACCCAUCAUGGAAAAAGGCCAUUUACAAGGUGAUUUGCAAAUUGGACAGUGACGUUCCUGAGAUCUUCAAAUCUCCCAGCUGUCUCCAGGAGCUCCUACAUGACUGACUAGGAGUGAGGAAACAGAAGAAGCAAGACAAACCUCCAAGGACCGUGUGGAGACCGUUACAAAAUGCCUCCAGAAGUACAGAGUUAGAUUAGUUUGAGGUCUUGAAAGAAAAGCUAUUGAAGGCAUUUGGUAUUCAUGGAGUCUCAAAGAGGUCCUUCUUGGAGGAUACCAGAGAUUUGACGGUUGUUUCUAGUCAAUCCUUCUUUUAAAGACAAGACUGCCCUCAAGAUGAUUUAUUAUGAAAAGAUAUUUGACUGAGUUAUAUUUGAAUGAGAUAAAGGGCUCAGACUCAGAGUCUGAUGAUGUUCAAAUUAUGUUGGGACUUUUAUAAAUUAAAACAAAACAAUGAGAAUUAAACCUUGCACUUACAGAAAAACUCCUCCUUCCCAAAAGCCCUGUCAUCUCUGUCUCUUCCAUCUCAUUCAAACUGUCUCUUCAUACUUCCCAAGAGGAAGACAGAGGUGAUGAAGAUGAUGGAUGAAUCAUCAGCCCAUGACAUGAGGUCUGGAGUGAACUAAUAAUAAAGAAGAUAAUAUAUAAAAAAAUCUUUUUAUUGUGGAUGUUUUUAAGUUACAUGGGCAUUUUUGGAAAAAAAAAGGAAGAAAAAAAGCAACAAAAAAAGUGAUGUUUCCGUAUUUUUUUCUCCUUUGUAUAAGCAUACAUCCUCUCUUCUAUGAACGCUCAGCAAUGCACACAUACACAAACUUAGGCACACACACACACACACACACACACACACACACACACACACACGCACUUGAAUAGGAAAGCACAGUAGCAUUGCCUCAUCUUAACCUGAACCCGGAAAAUCUGGGCAUAAAAAAAGAAAUUUGUUUAUUCCUGUACAUGUUUCCUCUUUUUACACCAUCAUCUUCUUGUACUGAGACUGUUUGUUUUGACUGUGUGGCUUUCCUUGCCCCGCCCCUCCCUGGCUGCCCCUCCAGCCAUGUUUUCUGCAGCCAUGCAUCCAGAGCAUCAGAGUCAAAUCCUCACUAUUGCAUAGUUAGAUCACACAUAUCACAGUUCAAUAUCCUUCUGAUUUUUUAAAUACGUUUAGAAAAGCCAGUUAGUUAAAGAUUUAUUUGAAAAUGAUCAUUAACAUAAGUUUUGAGACCAUUUUUUGUGGCACAUGCUGCUACUAAUGUGUGUGAGUGAUCUGUUCUUCUUUCCUAGUAUCUUUGAUUUACUUGCUCAGUCUCUUCUUCAGUUACUCUCGCUCUCUCUUCAAACAUUAUUUGCUCAAGUCUGGGGUAGUCUGUUUAUCUCCGCUACCAUGAUGUCCACUGUAGCUCUGUGAGCUGGUUUCAUAGUUGUCUGACAUGGUA